GCCAGCGCGCAGCCCGCGCAGCCCGCGCAGCCGCCCUCGACCUACACGCUCCCCCUCCUGCUGUGCAAAGUGUUCAGGUGGCCGGAUCUCAGGCAUUCCUCGGAAGUCAAGAGGCUGUGUUGCUGUGAAUCUUACGGGAAGAUCAACCCCGAGCUGGUGUGCUGCAACCCCCAUCACCUUAGUCGACUCUGUGAACUAGAGUCCCCCCCUCCUCCUUACUCCAGAUACCCAAUGGAUUUUCUCAAACCAACUGCAGCCUGUCCAGAUGCUGUGCCUUCCUCCGCGGAAACCGGGGGAACGAAUUAUCUGGCCCCUGGGGGGCUUUCAGAUUCCCAACUUCUUCUGGAACCUGGGGAUCGGUCACACUGGUGCGUGGUGGCAUACUGGGAGGAGAAGACGCGCGUCGGGAGGCUCUACUGUGUCCAAGAGCCCUCCCUGGAUAUCUUCUAUGAUCUACCUCAGGGGAAUGGCUUUUGCCUCGGACAGCUCAAUUCGGACAACAAGAGUCAGCUGGUGCAGAAAGUGCGGAGCAAGAUUGGCUGCGGCAUCCAGCUGACAAGGGAAGUGGAUGGCGUGUGGGUGUACAACCGUAGCAGUUACCCCAUCUUCAUUAAGUCCGCCACACUGGACAACCCGGACUCCAGAACGCUGCUGGUGCACAAGGUGUUCCCUGGUUUCUCCAUCAAGGCUUUCGACUAUGAGAAAGCUUACAGCCUGCAGCGGCCCAACGACCACGAGUUCAUGCAGCAGCCAUGGACGGGCUUCACCGUGCAGAUUAGCUUCGUGAAGGGCUGGGGCCAGUGCUACACCCGCCAGUUCAUCAGCAGCUGCCCGUGCUGGCUGGAGGUCAUCUUCAACAGCCGGUAGUUGCGUGGGGAGAAGAGGACAGGAUGGAGCGUGAGCCGAGCAGGCCACCAUUCAAACUACUUGCUGCUAACCUUUCCCUCCCGAGUGCUUGCUUUUCAUGCAAACCCUUUGGUCAGUUUUGCUGUUAACCAUUGUUGGUUGUUUUGUUUUUUGUUUUUUUUUCCUUCUCGUUCUUAUUUGUGUUUUGUUUGUCUUGUUCUUUGAGAAAUAGCUUAUGAUGAAUUUGUUUGUUUUUUGUUUUGGGCUUUUUUUUUUUUGAGGUGGUGGGUGUGGUUGACAGGAUACCCCAAUAUAAAAAUGGGAAGCAAAAGUCAGCACUGCCAAACGUGGUAUGUGAAAGUAGUGGGUACUGCCUUCCCUUCAGAGUGGACAUCCCGAGCAUGUAGGGGCGUGCGUGAACGGCAGAUGGGAGAAAAUGCUUUUCUGUGUUCCUUAUGGAUGUCCCCAGCUGAGAGACCACAGUUUCAAGCUGUGUGCCCUUUGGACAUGCUCAGUGGGGCAGAGUCAGUACCUGGGCGAACUGGCAGCAGGUGUCCCAGCAGCUGCCAAGCUUUGCCCAGCCUGCCGAAGCCCCUGCGCUGCCUCCCCCCUUUAGGACACGGGCCUAUCCACAGGCUUCUGAGAAGCCAGCCUGAUAGAGGCUGAACCAUUGUUUUCAUCCCUGCCUUACUGCCUCCUGUCACCCGCUGCCAUUGUCAUGUCUGUCUCUUUUGGCCAUCUGCUCCUGGAUCUCUCUCUUGAGAUGGGCUUCCCAAGGGCUGCAGGGACAGCCCAGACACAGUAUUGCUAACCCAGGACCCUCGGGGUGGGGGUGGGGGCCCUCAGCCGGUUCCCCCACUGUGGUUUUUCAUCAGGUUCCCCCAACUUGUGUGCUGAGCUCUGUAGACCAGCGAGGGGCAUCCCGGAGAGGGAACUGCUCAGUGGCCCCCCCCUUCCCACCAAGAAGGGUGUGGCCCUGCCAUAACAGAAGGUACCAUCCUAGGCUGACUCCCAGCUCUUCUCUCAACUCAUACACUCGUAUGAUACUUUGACACUGUUCUUAGCUCAAUGAGCACGUUUAGACUUCAACAUAAGCUAUUUUUCUAACUACAAAGGUUUAAGUGAACAAGAGAAACAUUCUCAUUGGAAAUUUAGCAUUGUAGUGCUUUUGAGAGAGAAAGGACUCCUUAAAAAAAAAGCUGAGAUUUAUUAAAGAAAAAAUGUAUUUUAUGUUAUAUAUAAAUAUAUUAUUACUUGUAAAUAUAAAGACGUUUUAUAAGCAUCAUUAUUUAUGUAUUGUGCAAUGUGUAUAAACAAGAAAUAAAGAGAAGAUGCACUUUGCUUUAAUAUAAAUGCAAAUAACAUGCCAAAUUAAAAAAAGAUAAACACAAGAUGGGUGUUUUUUCUAUGGGUGUCAUCACCCGGCUGAAUGUUUUUCUAAAGGAGUUUAUGUUCCAUUAAACAGUUUUUAAAAUGUA